CAUCCGUCCACCCCGCUGUUGCGUCCCCCAGAGCCAGUCUGCAGCCAAUCCCCGCUUGCCCUGCCUUUCCGUAGAAGCCAGGCUACGCUGUAGCAGUCACCAAAUCAUCGCUCAACAGACUCACAGCGGAUGACCACAGCGCGCCUCUCCCAUGGAAGUCGUCCCGGAUACCAUCAGGAAACCGACAGUGCCGGAGCCUGACGACUAUGUCAACCCCUUGGAGGCAAGUUCCCGCUGGACCCUGAAUGCGCGUGCGCAGGCCAUCCGCUAUGCCUCCAGCCUCGGCUUCAGCAUCUCCAACCGCACUGAGCCCGCCGCUCCUACACCGUCCACCGAGUUCUGGGUUGAUUCGACCCUCGCCGAGAGCAAGGGGCCCAAGAAGAUCAGGGUCGAGGUGUGGACGCCGCCGCGUCUGUCCAUCGGACCUCGAGCAGCCGUCGUUGCUCUCCAUGGCGGAGGAUGGAUUCUCGGCCAGGGAACCGACAAUGCGCGCUGGGCAUGCGCCGUCAUGACCUCGUUGGAUGCUGUCGUCUUCACCGUCAACUAUCGUCUGGCUCCUACCCACCCAUUUCCAACCGCCAUCGAGGACUGUGUCGAUGCCAUCCUGGAGAUCACCAAGCGCGCUGCCCAGUUUGGCAUUGACCCCAAUCGCGUCAUCCUCUCUGGCUUUUCUGCAGGUGCCACCACGGCGUUGUCCAGCUGGCUCGUCAUGCACGACCCGUCACGCUGGAAUUACACCCUGCCCUUCCCGGUGCCUCGCAUCACGGGCCUCGUGCUCUUCUAUCCCGGCUUGGACUGGACCAUCAACAGGGCUGAGAAGAGGCUGAGUUGCUCUCGUCCUGAUCUCACCCUGUCCAAGGGUUUGACGGAUCUUAUCGAUGCCUCAUACGUCUUCCCCGCCAUCCCUCGCCACAAACGCGCAGAUCUUCGGCUGUCCCCGGGCUUGAUGUCGGAUGAUAUUAUGGCAAAGCUACCACCCGUUCAUCUCUGCUUGUGCGAGUAUGAUAUGCUUCUCGCAGAGGGUACCCGCUUCGCAAAGAGGCUGCAGAGCCUGAAAAAGACUGUCACUAUGCGCAUCGUUGCCGGCGAGAAACAUGCAUGGGACUGCCCCCCGCCAAUGAUACAAAAAGAGAGCGUCGAAGUCGAAUAUGCAGAGGCGACUCAGGCCAUUGCCAACUGGCUCGGUCAGGCGCACGACACUGACAGGGAAUCGAUGCGAUCCAUGAAAACAAAGCGUUUGCGGAUACCCCGGCCCAGUUUCAUAUCUCGAUCAAAAUCAGCUGGUCCGUUUUGACCAUGACUAUUUUCCCCAGAUUUAGCUUUUUUUUUUAUCCCCUUUGAUUGACGACUCAUAGCGUUUCCCUUAUCCUUUUUGUUUCCCUCCUCUGUUAUUUUGAUUUAUUCCUCUUCUUGACAUUGUCUUGAUAAUACCACAGCACUGCGUUGCACUUGGUAGAAAGAGUAGACAAAGACAGACAGACAGACAGACAGACAGACAGACAGACACGUUGGUGGAGAAAGAUGAAUUACAGCCAGACGAAGAGACUAAUUAGCGAACUGAUUAUUGCUGGCGUUGGAGGAGGGAACAUGCAUAGAAGCGGCGAAUAGGCGAUUAGGAUGUUUAUCCGUUAUAAACGAGACCUGACUGAAAAGAUGCAAAUGGAUUUUUCAAUUUGAUUUGAUAGCACAUGAUUAAAAAUUCACAAUUGAAUGAGUUUUAUAUAUCAGGACGAUUUCUUGGCAUCUCUUACUUCCCGUGGCGCUAAGCUAAACUUCCCGCCUUUACUUGAAAUCCAGGAGUUUGGGUUUUGGAUGAUUGUCAGCCAUGGCUGUCUGACAUGCUCCAAAUUCAACCACACCAUCAUCAAUCUCCCUUCUUUCUGUUCACGCCCCCC